AUGAGCACCUCAACUGGAGAAAAAUACUAUCUGGGUGUAGAUGUAGGCACCGGUUCCGCACGCGCUGCCUUGGUUUCGCCUACAGGCCAACUUUUGGCAUCGUCCACUCAAGCGACUACAACAUGGCGUUCUGACACUGACGCUCGUAUUUUUGAACAAUCUACGACGGAAAUCUGGAAACAAAUUUGUAUUGCUACGCGGGAAUGCCUCGCGACUGCCAAAGUUUCCCCUUCUGACGUUGCUGGAAUUGGGUUCGACGCGACUUGUUCGCUAGCUGUUACUAAUCGACAAGGAGAGCCUGUUUGUGUGACUGGUGGGAAAGAGCUAGGAGGCACGGGAGAGAGAAAUAUCGUGUUGUGGGCAGAUCAUCGUGCUGAAGAGGAGGCGGGAAUUAUCAACUCGAGCGGAGCUGUCGUAUUGGACUAUGUCGGAGGCACGAUGAGUCUCGAGAUGGAGAUUCCCAAAAUCCUCUGGCUCAGCAGACACAUGUCUCCUGAGAAAUUCGCCCAAUGCCAAUUCUUUGAUUUACCCGAUUGGCUGACGUACAAGUCGACCGGUUCGCAAGCUCGCUCCACUUGUUCUUUGACAUGCAAAUGCUCGUUUGUUCCGCCCGGUGCGACCGAGGCAGCACACGGCUGGGUACCCGAGUUUUUCAGGAAGAUUGGGCUAGGAUCGUUGGUGGAUGAUGGUUUCGCCGCGUUGGGCGGAUGGGGCGUGACUGCUCCUUCGGACAAGAAUGGCGAUCCCGGAAUCGUCUUGACAGCCGGUCAACCUGUUGGACAUGGUCUGACGAAACAGGCGGCCGAGGAGCUUGGACUGGUCGAGGGCACGCCCGUAGGAAGCGCUGUGAUUGAUGCUUACGCAGGCUGGAUUGGUACCGUUGCGGCCCGGUACAAGACCAAAUCUGGGGAAGAACUGAGUCCUGCACCUGGACUUGAGGCGUCUGGUGAGCGGCUGGCAGCUGUGGCUGGGACGAGUACGUGUCAUGUCAUUCAGAGCCCCAAGGGAAUUUUUGUUCCUGGUGUUUGGGGACCCUACAAGAAUGCUGUGUUCCCUGGGUGGUGGAUGAAUGAGGGUGGACAGUCGAGUACUGGCCAGCUCAUCGACUUUGUUUUGACCACCCAUGCUGCCUACCCGCGCCUUCAAGCGCUCGCCAAAGAACAGCAAAAGAGUGUGCAUGUUGUAUUGGCUGAGAAACUCGAAGCAUUGAGACUGGAAGCCGGAGCAGAUAGCCUAGUCGAACUAACCAAGGACGUCCAUUUCUAUCCUGAUUUACACGGCAACCGAUCUCCUCUUGCCGACCCACAGAUGCGCGGCUCGAUCGUCGGUCUCAAGCUCGACUCUGGACUGGGCGACCUUGCACUCAAAUUCAAUGUCACUCUCGAAGCUAUCGCCCUUCAAACGAGGCAUAUCGUCGAGACUAUGAAUGCGCGUGGACAUACUGUUCGGUCGAUCUUCAUGUCUGGUGGACAGGCUGCGAAUACCAAGUUGAUGCAAUUGUUUGCGGAUACGAUCGGCGUUCCGGUUAUACUGCCUCAAUCCCACUCGGCGGCGGUUGUGCUCGGCGCAGCAAUGCUCGGAAGGCAAUCUUAUGCGGGCCAAAAAGUGGCGGAAGAGGCGAGUGAAAAGACCAAGGAGGAUCUAUGGAAAAUUAUGGAAAUGACACCGCCCGGCACGGAAGUUCAUCCCAAGGCCUCGCCCAAGGAAUCCAAACUGCUCGACGCCAAGUAUAGCAUCUUUUUGGAGGCGAUUGAUAUUCAGAGGAGGUGGAGACGGGAAAUGGCGGCUGCGGGUCAGUAA